AGGACUUUCUUACUGGUUUAAUUAGUUCUUGUCAUUGUCCUGCGGAGGGGGAUUAAACUUACAGCGGUCGCAAAGUAGCAGCAAAGCCAGUGCGUUGGUUAUAUUUCCAGCAAGCGGUUUGUAUGAUAAAGACGAGUCUCUGUAAACUGCAUAUAGGCUCAGUUUGGCGGUCACCGGCGCUCAAAACACGCAUGUUUUCCCUGCUGUUCCGUUUGGCAUGCAUUUGUAAGCGCCUUCUGACGCAUUUCACUUGUCUACUUUCUGUUCAUCCAGGAGGAGCCGAGGUUAGGAUCGACUCCUUUAGCCAUGUUAGCUGCAACAUGUAACAAAAUAGGGAGUCCGAGCCCUUCACCGUCGACAAUUUCGGAUAACUCCUCGUCAUUUGGAAAAGGUUUCCACCCCUGGAAAAGAGCCGCUGCGAGUAGCUGCAGUCUCGGAUCCGGCCUGUCCGGUUUCGGGGUGUCGCGUAAUGGAUCUGGCAUCUCGGACUCUUUUGGCAACAACAGCUCCACCGGAUCCAGUGCCUUUUCCCUCACGUCCGGUACCUCGUCUGGUUCACACUUUGGAAACGAUUAUUCGGUUUUCCAAGCAUCCGUGUCGAGCAGCUCUCAAGAGUCCAGCCACCAGCCGGUCUUCAUCUCAAAAGUGCACACCUCAGUGGACAGUUUGCAGGGCAUCUAUCCGAGAAUGAGCGUUGCACAUCCUUACGAGUCCUGGUUCAAAUCGUCUCAUCCCGGGAUCCCCACGGGAGACGUUGGUACCACCGGAGCCUCUGCAUGGUGGGAUGUGGGAGCGGGAUGGAUUGACGUUCAGAACCCUAAUGGAGCAGCAAUACAGACGUCCUUACAUUCCGGUGGACUCCAGACCUCCUUGCACUCUCCCCUGGGCGGAUAUAACUCUGAUUACUCGAGUUUAAGUCACUCUGCUUUCAGUACAAGUCCAUCUCCACACCUGUUGACAACCGGCCAACACCUGAUGGACGGUUUCAAGCCGGUGUUAUCCUCUUAUCCCGACACAAGCCCCUCUCCAUUAACCGGGGCAGGAGGGACUAUGCUCUCCGGGGGUCCACCUGCGUCUUUAGCGGGGUCUCCGAGGUCAUCUGCCCGGCGGUACUCGGGCAGAGCCACCUGCGACUGUCCAAACUGCCAGGAGGCGGAGAGACUGGGACCAGCGGGCGCCAGCCUCCGGAGGAAAGGUCUCCACAGCUGUCACAUUCCAGGCUGUGGAAAGGUUUACGGAAAAACCUCGCACCUAAAGGCGCAUUUGAGGUGGCACACCGGCGAGAGGCCGUUUGUGUGCAACUGGCUCUUUUGCGGAAAAAGGUUCACUCGCUCCGACGAGCUCCAGCGACAUUUACGCACACACACAGGGGAGAAGCGAUUCGCUUGUCCGGUGUGCAACAAGAGAUUUAUGCGUAGCGAUCACCUGAGUAAACACGUAAAAACUCACAGCGCCGGGGGAUCUGCCGGCUCUGGCUCCGGGGGCAGCGGAGGGAAGAGGGGGAGUGAUACCGACAGCGAGCACAGUGCACCGGGAAGCCCUCCAUGCCAUUCCCCAGACCUGUUGCACCCACCUGAGUCGGCCCAGGGAGUAGGCAUGAACGGCCUCUAAAAAACUCCCCCAGUGAAGUGAAAACUGUAAAACAGCAAAGUGUCGUGAUGGAAUUGUCCGAGAGGACAUGAAAGUGGACAUACUUUGGUGCAUCAUCAUUGUCAUUUAAUGAGAAAAUCGGCCUCUGUGUUUCUUUGACUCUUUCCAAGUGCUUAAGACGUCCAAUUGAAUAAUUUCAUAGCCGUGCCAUCAGAAACGUCUCAUCUGCGGUGUUAAAGUGUAGUCAAGUCCUUGUGUGACACACUGUGGGAGGGCACGAGCAAAACUUUUUAUUUUUCUUACUGUUUUUCUUUUGCAGCCCUAUCCUGAAUACGCCUGAUGUUUUAUUUGUCCGAUAUAAGACGCGAAAGACAGAAAACACUGCUGUGAAAAUUGUAGGGCCUGAAAAAGUUGAGCAACUGCUGUCAUGCAUAUUGUUGAAAACCAAACACUGGCACUUUAUUAUCGAGCAGGGGAAACUGUUGCUGUCAUUGUGGAUGGACUGCUCGAAAGGAACAAAUACCUGUAGAGUAUGGCGGUGAGACACGGGACGUGAUGAUCCCAUUUAAUAAAGUGAUAAAGGAAGAGCAGGUCAUAUACAUAUAUAUAUAUAUAUAUAUACAUAUACAUAUAUAUAUAUAUAUCACACUGCUAUUCUCUUCGCAGCCUACACUAUGUGCGCCAACUUUAUCACUAGGCCUGUUGAGGUUACUUAGACUUCGCUGCAAAAUGUGUUGUAUAUAAUUACAAAUGUAGGUUAGAAUAAUUACAGCCCAGUGUAAAGGUGAGCAAUGUAUUUGUCCAGGAGACGAUUUUGUAUAGGUAUUUCUAGCUGUAUAUGGACUCUAGUAAAUAUUUGAAAAUAUACGGAAAUGUACUUGGAUUUUCUUUGACAUGAUAUGAAAUGUAUUGUGGGGAGUUAUAUUUAACCACGACUUUUUCUCGUAUUUAGGGAUCUAUCAUUAGGCGCACUUUGAAUUUAUUUGUAAAGUUUUGAAAUCAUUUACUGUUUACCCACUCGUUUAAUUUAAGUAAGCAUGUUGUAAAGUGAUUUUAAUUUUACAAUGAUAUUUUUUUCUCUCUCUCUCUCUCUCCUUCUCUCUCUUUCUCCGAGAAUGGCUUUUUAUGUGAGCCACUCAAUAAAGUCAGUAUGAAAUCAGAA